AUGUCUAACAAAAAGUAUGGCCUAAUUAUCCCUGAAAAAUCACAUCUUCCAACAUUCCAGGCAUCACGUAAUGUUUUUGGGAAUGAUUCUGACUCGGAAGAUGAAUUCAAGAAAAAACAUGUUCUAUUGAAAUCAAGUGAUGCUGCUAUAAGACAGAGCAAAAUUGUACAAGAAAAGGCUAUAAUAGAAGAUCCAACUGUUUACCAAUAUGACGAGAUUUAUGAUUCUAUGGUUAAACAAAAGGAAAAAAAAGUAAUUAAGAGUAAAGAGAAUAAAAAUCCUAAAUAUAUUGAAAACCUGUUAAAAACUGCAAAUAAAAGGAAAAUAGAAAAUGAGCGGAGGAUUGAGAGACAAAUUCAAAAAGAGAGAGAACAGGAAGGUGAAGAAUUUGCUGAUAAAGAAGUCUUUGUCACAUCAGCAUAUAAAAAAAAACUAGAAGAACUACGAUUAGAAGAAGAAAAAGAAAAACGGGAAGAAUAUUUAGAAAAAAUUGGAGAUGUUACACAACAACAAGAUUUGGGUGGAUUUUAUCGACAUCUUUACGAGCAAAAGUUAGGUUUUGAUAGACCACAAGAUGAUAGUAAAGAAAAACCUGAAGAAAAACAGUCUGAAUUUUAUAUAGAUAAAUUUCAAGAAAAUAAAUCUGAUAGCUCACCAGUUUCUAAGAAGAGGAACUAUAGAAAACAAAGGAAAUCAUCAAAUGAUGCUAAUAUAUCAGAGGGUGAGAUAGAAGAUUCUGACGAUGAAAUAAAUCAGAAAAAACCUAAACAGACGGAAGUGAAUAUUGAUGCAGAUUCAGACUUCUCAAUUGACGAAUCUAGUGAUGAUGAACAACAGCCAAAACCUCCUAGUUCUAAAACAACUGACAAUGAAUUAAAAAAACCUGAUGAUAUUGAAGUUAGAGGUGAAGAAGCUGAAAGCAAAGUUGAACCAAAACUUGAAGUAGAAAUUAAAUCUAAACUUGAUAUUUGGAAGAAAAGAACUGUUGGAGAAGUAUUUGAUCAGGCUUUAAAAAGGUAUUAUGAGAGGAAAGCAGCUAGAGGAAGCUAA